AUGGUCACUGUCCCUACAGAAUAUUUAUCCCAUGAAGCCAUCAAAAAGAAAUCCUAUACCAACCUUGUAGAGGCUCGUCAGAAAGCUGAAGCGGCAGGCCAAGAAGCAGACUUACAAGAAUCACUUCGAAAUUUUGUCCGCCAACAAUGCAAUGGCCGCACCCCCUAUUCAUGGCAAGUGGACGCCGCUGAGGCCUUUACUUUGGGACUCGACUGCACCAUUAUUGCUGGCACAGGAUCUGGAAAGACUUUGGCUUAUGUCAUGCCAUCCUUCAUACAGAAGUAUGGCGUGACAGUCGUUAUAUCGCCGUUGAAAACUAUAGAAGAGGAACAGGCCGAUUAG